GUAUCUGUGAAAGAUCUACAAUUGAUUUUUAAUACUCAAACAUUAGUUGGAUAACUAUACUAAAAUGAGUGGAGGAGGAUUGAAAAGAAGUAGAGAAUCAUCCAAGGCUACAGAAUUGAGAGUUGCUUCAUUUACUGACGAACCAGUUGCUGUAGUUGGAUCAUUUUUUCAAGGAUUACAAGUUCCAGAAUCAACUGAAUUUGAUUUAUAUAAACAUAAGAAACAACAAAAAUAUGUUAUACAUGGAGAAAGUGAUCAUUUAGAUUAUGAUGGAGAAACUAAUGGUGAAGAUACUAAUGAUUAUGUUCUUGCAUUUUAUGAUCCUGUGAAUAAAUCAUUGGAUUUAUAUAAAACUCCAUUUGUUAAUGGGAAAGUUACAGCUAAAGCAAAAAGAAUAUAUAAAGGACCAAGUAUUAAACAAGCAGGAGUUAGAAAUAUCACUCAAAGAAAUGCAUUGGGUGAAGCCUUUGGUACUAAGAAAGCCAAGGCUGCCAUUACUAAUUUGGAAAAGAAUAGAAUUGAUUCUGAAAAAUUACAAGAUAUUGAAUUAGAUAUUGUUGAUACUGUUUCUGAAUCUACUCAAGAUUUACCAACUAGAGCAAAGAUGGAAGAAUUAGUAACUCAUGAUAGACCAACACCUAUUGCUGAUGUUGAUGCCACUAAUGUUGAAAAUAUUUAUCCAAUUAAUAAUAUAAUACCCAAGAAAGAAUUUAGUUUCCUUCGUGUUGGAUCAUUAUUUAAUGAAACUUCUGAACAAAAUGUUAUUGAAUUAUUACCAUACACUAAAUCAUCAUAUAUUAAUAAACAUAUUCCUCAAAUUCUUGCCCAAAAUAAUACUGAAAAAUUACAAUUAUUAUUUUAUGCAUCUAUUUUAUUUGGUGUUUAUGAAAAUAGAAGAGUGAGAGAUAAACAAUCAUUAAUGGAAAGAUUUCAAAAUGCUCCUAGUGAAAUUUUAAUCGAUGGAAUUUUAGAAAGAUUUACUAUCGGUAGAUCAACAGCCAUUGGGAAAUCUAAAGAUCGUUCAUUUAUGAUUGACCCUCAUCAUGAAGAUAAAUUAUUAUGUUAUCUUUUGGCUUUAAUAUUUCACAUUGAUAAUUUCAUGGUUGAAGUCCCACCAUUGGCUAAUGAAUUAAAUAUGAAAGCUACUAGAUUAUUAGGAUUAUUUAAAGCAUUAGGUGCUAUAGUUAAAUCUGCUACUGUUGGACAAGCAGAAGCUUUUGGAAUUCCAAAGAAUGCUGCUAGUACUUAUAAAAUUGCAUCUUUAAAGGUUCCAUUUAAAUUACCAGAAAUGUCAAGAAGAAUAAGAAGACGUUAAUUAAGAAUUGUAUAAUAUAGAAUAGUAAAAUACUA